GCAGCACUACAGGCCGCAGGGGGGGAAGGAGACGUGUCCCACUUUUACAUUAGCCUCAGCGGAUAGAGGGAGACACACAACACCGGUGGCGACAUGGAUGAAAAAGCAAACGUGGAAAUGUCAGAAAACCCCUUCGCUCCGUACAUUGAAUCUCUGCGACAGCUGCUGGAGGAGCAAGACCCCGUUUUUCUCAUCGCAGUCGUCGUCGCUCUGGCCGUUGUUGUCAUCACCUGUGUGUUCCUGAAGUACUUUCUCUCCAGCAAAACUGUCCGAAGUGCCGUCCUGCUGGUCGGGCUGUGUGACGCUGGGAAAACCCUCCUGUUCACUCGGCUGUUGUCAGGAAAGUUCAAGCGGACACAGACCUCCAUCACUGACAGCAGUGCUCCAUACAAAGCCAAAAACGAAAGGGGCAGCACCUGGACUCUGAUCGACCUGCCUGGACAUGACAGUCUUCGCUCUCAGUACCUGGAGAAGUUCAAGUCUUCGGCCAGAGCGAUUGUGUUCGUGGUGGACGGCGCUAUUUUCCAGAAGGAGGUGAGGGACGUGGCCGAGUUCUUGUACAUCCUACUGACGGACGCGGUGAUCUCCAGGAAUGCCCCGGCUCUCCUGGUAGCAUGCAACAAACAAGAUAUCACCAUGGCAAAAUCAGCUAAACUGAUACAGCAGCAGCUGGAAAAGGAAUUGAACACCUUGCGAGUGACUCACUCGGCGGCCCUGAGCUCUCAGGACGGCUCUGUGGGCGGCAGUGUGUUUUUGGGGAAAAAAGGCAAAGACUUUGAGUUCAGCCAGCUGCCCCUGAAGGUGGAGUUCCUGGAGUGCAGCGCCCGCGGCAGCAAGGCCGAAGAAGGGGAGGCAGACAUCGAGAGCCUGGAGAAAAGUCUGGCUAAGCUGUAAAGUCUGCAACUCGACAAUCCUCAGGGCAGAAUUUGACCCAGGCACAGACUUUGUAUUCACAGGAGGGAUGACAUCUCAGUGGAGGACCUAUUUGACCAAGGUUACCAGUCAAACACGGUCCUCUAGGCUGACUGUCAACGUAAAACUUAAUUGCAUCAAAGGCAGAAGAACUUUUGAGACCGAAUAGAUGAAUAGAAGACUGAAAGUAAUACCAAGGAAAAUAAACUAGCAUUUUAUCAGGUCGCUCUGCAAUGCUAAGAAAUGAUCAUGUGCUCAUUCGGUACACAUGCUACUGUGAAUAUCUGCUUUACAAAGCUGUACUUGGCUUGUUUUGGUAGAGAAAAAAUAUUUAAAGAGGUUGAAAUAAUUUCUGUACUAUAUUUGCAGUGAUUUAAGGGAAAAAAAUGAAUUUGGCUGUCAAAGAGUUUCACCAUUUUUAUCUUUUACCUUGUCUCAGCCAGUCUGACUGAUGAGCUGCCUUGUCAAAACAGAUGUAACGGACAUAAUUUUGAAUUUAUUGACUCAAACCGCAA